AUGGGUAUGAGUAUCGAUUUCGAUGUUGAUCUCGAGAAAGGAAUCUUAGAUUGUCAAAGUGUUUAUACAAAAUCGCCGGAGAAGCCAUUGAUAAUGAUACCAAUGUCUCCAGAAAGAAAACCGGUAAAAACCGGAGAAGAAACUCUCGGUUCGGUAGAGAACGACGCAAGCCCGGUUCAAUGUGCGUUCAGUAAACCGGAAUGGGGGAGGAGCGAACGAAAGGACAAACGCAAGAAAUCAGCGUCUAAACCUCCUCGGCCGCCGCGUGGACCGUCGCUAGACGCGGCUGAUCAGAAACUGGUGAGGGAGAUCGCUGAGCUGGCGAUGCUGAAACGCGCGAGGGUUGAACGUAUGAGAGCUUUGAAGAAGUCGAGAGAGGCCAAAGCUGCUUCUUCGGCUUCUUCUCUCGGAAAUGUAUUCGCUACUCUUCUCACCGCUAUAUUCUUCUUCGUUCUGGUUUUCCAAGGAUUGUCGCCGAGAGCAUCCGCUAGCUCCGGGGAAAAAGCCAAUGUUGGUUUUGUACCGGUUCAGUAUGUGGGAAAUCCGUCUGCGAACGAACCGGAUGGAGGUUAUGCCGGUCCGGUUAUAGCACAGAGAUUCCCCAAUUUACUGAAACCAGUUUCCGGAUUGGAAAAUGAAAAGAAGAUGAAUAGAGUUUCACAGUGA